AUGGCGCACAGCCAGCAGACCUUCGUGAUCGCCGAGGUUGACGGCCUAUACCGCCCUCUUGCCGCUCUCAACAAUCCAGACCUCGGCGGGAUGCGUGCCCUGGCCCAGUGCCAUCGCCAGCUCCAGAUAUUCUCCCAUCCCAGUAACCGGAUUGCCCUCGAGGCGGAGCUCUUCUCAGCUAAGACAUUCUUCAAAAACUGGACCGCACCGGACACCAAGCGACCGAGUAGCUCCAACUAUAGUCUACGAUCCCCUUUUUCCUUCAUCUCCACCUGUUUGACAGUGGGAUCCUUGCAUCGCACCGACGGCCACCCUCCAGCCGCCAUACAAGAGCUUCCCUUUGAUAUUCCCUUUGAUUACUGCCCGAAUGGCGGAGGCAUCAUUGUUAUCGACAUCACUAAUUUGGAUAAACUCAAGUACUGCUUUGCGUUUAUUUCAAGUAUGACAUGCUCCCCACCUCUCCUUCCAGUCUAUAUUGCAAGCGCAUGUACUGAUAUCACAAAGGGCCUGCGCACUCCAAGGAGCGCAGUAGGGCUGCGCUCCCGCCCGCUCUCUGCCAGGCAGUAUCUUUUAACAUACUAUUCGGAACAUGACAAAUUUCUACAAGAGCCGCGGUCCGUGGCUAUAACUAGAGGGUUGGAAAGAUGGCCCAUCAUCGAUGUGGUUAACCUUGCAGGUAAAACACAAGCUCCUGUAACUGGUCCACGAGGAUUGGUUGAGCAGAGUGUCGACAAGAUGAUGAAAGCUCUCCAAUCAUCGUCAAGUGCAGUCGACCUCAACACGAUUAAACAGGAAAUGUCACAUUUUCCAGGGCUCAAAAAGCUUGUCCAGGACUGGUUUUGUCAAAACUCACACCUCAUGGACGGAUCUCCGACGACUCUCUCUCUCAUCUCCCUGGCGUAUGAAGGAGAACAGGUUCUCGACUGGGGCUAUUUCCCCAUUCUUGACGUUCCCUCCCUGGAAACCCUACUACAGAACCCCGAAUUUCAGAACGUCCACACGAUAAGUCUUGCCACACCACGAGCCAGUUACAAUCAUCCCAUACGACUAUGGCCCGUCCUCUCUACACUCCCAAACCUCAAAACCGUCUGUCUCCUCGACCCGCUCUCAGUCAACGGAUUCGUUACCUGCGAGCCUUUUGUCGAGCUGGCCCAGUCCGACCUCAACAUCCGCCUCAACAAACUCACCAUAACCGCACCCUUUUACCACUCCAUGCACGAAGAAAGCUGGAUCUCAGACGACACCUCUCCGCCAUUGCUCACACCCUCUUUCCCCAUUGCUCAACUCCUCGUCCACCACGAAAGGUCGAAGAUCUUCGACCUCGCGCAGUACGAGUACUUCUCCCUCGGCGACGCCCUCCUCAGCCCCGUCCGGCUCCUCACCGGCCUGUUCCAAUACAUGAGCAUGAUGCGCUCCCUCCUCUUCGUAACUGGCGGAACCACCUCCCUCAACGUGGCCGCAUGCUUCGCAGCCAGCUCCUCAUCCCUCACCCCAACGCAGUUCGGCGAGGUCGGCCCCCUCCCCGCCCAGAUCUACAAAUACGGCCUCCAGGCUGGCCGCAAAGUAUCCCAUCGAGGUCAGUUCUCCGCCAUGAGAGACCUCCAGCCCGGACAGUGGACCGUCCUCCUGCGCCAGAUCCGCUCCGCAACGUUUCAGUACGCGUUCGUCAGGGCCAGGAAGAUGAUACGCAUCAAGGAGUCCAUCCGGGGCCGCAAGCCCAUCGAGCCCGACAUGAUUGAGGUUUUCACUGUGGAGGAUUUCCUUCGCGAGACGGCACCGGACGUUGAUGUGGGUGGUGUGCAGAAUUUGUAUAGCCAGUUAUUGCCUGAUGGGUUCGACACAAGCAGCGUGUUGACCCAGUUGGAUUCACAGGAGGCGUGCAUUCUGUUAGAUGAAUUCGUCGAUAAGACGAAAGAAGUGGACUUCGUCAAGCAGUGCAUCGCAAAUCCCCCAGAGGUCAUAUGGGUCAGAUAA